ACACGGAGAGACACGGGGGAGACGUGAAGAUGGAGGAUGACCCUGCAAGACAGGCACAGAUGGUGCGGAGAGACACGGAGAGACGCGGGGAGACACGGGGAGACGCGGGGAGACGCGGGGGAGACGUGAAGAUGGAGGAUGACCCUGCAAGACAGGCACAGAUGGAGGCGAGCGUGAUGGAGCGAGUGUGGAGCCUGCGCAAGGCCGGGUUGUGGGCACCGCAGCGUCUGCCCCGCGUGGCCGACCCUCCACGUCCACGCGCACACUGGGACUGCCUGCUGCAGGAGAUGGAGUGGAUGGCUGAGGACUUUGCCCAGGAGCGACGAUGGAAGAUCGCUGCGGCCAAGACGCUGUGCGUGUCGGUGUCUCGCCACGUGCAGCGCGAGGCGGCCAGGAGGCUGCGCGAGGAGUCGCGGCGCGGUGCGGCGCUGCGGAGACUCGCUCGACACGCAGCCAGCGCCGUGACGCAGUUCUGGGGAAACAUGUGGCGG